AUGGAUACAACUGAUCUUCCGUUACAUAUCAUAAUAGUUCUCCUCUCGAUGCUUCCAGCCGAAGCCCUAGCUAAGUUUCAGGGCAUCUGCAAAGACUGGAAGAACAUAAUCCGCGAACCGCAGUUCGUAAAAGAGCCCUUUCAAAUCCAGACUUCGAAAGGUAAAGACUAUCUUCUUUAUGUGCCAUUAGACCGUACAAACGAGAGUGCCUUCACAUUACUUUGUGAUGAAACAUUCGAUCAGGCCCUAGAAUUCGAAAUUCCUUCUGAGUUUCGUGAUAUGAGCUUCAUCAUAAUUAGUUCUUGUAAUGGCGUGAUGUGCUUCACUGAUGCGAAUAGUUUUGGUAGCACCUUGAAUUUGUGUAACCCCUCCAUUAGAAAAUACAAGACCUUCAUUAUUAGGAUUGCUAUCCUAAGUGAUGAGGAAGAUGAGGCAACUAGUAAAAUCGAGGUUUGUUCAAUGGUCGCAAGUUCGUGGAAGAAUCUAGAAGUGGAUUACUUUCCAUGGGAAAUCAUUGAAUUAAAAUUGGAAGUUUUGAUGCGCGAUUUGGUUCAUUGGAAGGGGAAUUACAGAAAUGGGGACGAGCGUAUCUCGAUAAUUUUGGCGUACCAUAUGGGAGAAGACGUGUUCUGA